CGAGCGUGCGCGGUGGCGGGAGCAGGGGGCGGUCCCGCGCACGGUUCCCGCUCCGCGGCGCGCUGCGGGGCCGGGCAUGAAGCGCGGGCGCGGCGGGGCCCCGCUGGCCGGAGCGUGCGAUGUGUGGCUGGACACGGCCGAGCUGAAGCGGAGCGCGGCGCAGUCCCUCAGAGUCAACUCAGAAGCACCUCUGCGUGUUCUGGGAAGGAAAAACUCCUCAGCUGCUUUGACACGGACCAGGGGCUCUCAGCUGCGCACGAAGCAAACCACCAUCUCCUCCUUCUUCAGCACUCGCACAGAUGAAAAAGACAAAGAAAACUCCAGGCCGCCUCCUUUCAUCCCAAAUAAGGACUGUAAAGGAAAAGGUAUUUCUUUGGCUGCUGCCCCUGUGAAGAUCUUGGCUUUGCCGCAGAUGGAGGCAGCCCAACACCAACCACCCUUCCGAAGCGAGGCGGGGACGGUGCUGGUUACAGCCCAGCGUCAUGCACGGGAAGAUCCUUUCACAGACUCACACAUGGAGACCCACAGCAGGAGCGAGGCCUCCUGUGGGGCAGGAGAGGGUCGCUGCUGCUUCAGCCUCAGCUGCGGUUCAGAGGGCAGCCAGCUCAUCCCUCACACUCACAAGGCUCAGUUAUUGGCUGGAGAAGCAGUUUCAGCCAGCAGCAGCAGGACAAACAAACCAGAGGGCCGGGAACCCCCCGAGGAGGCAAAGGCCGGUCUUGUCUUCCACCCGAGACUUGGUGCAAAGCAGAGUAAGAAACCACGAGAAGGGAGCAGUGUUAAUUCUUUAAUUGAUUUUACUGAGACUAUAACCCCCAGUGGCAUGAGCUGCAGUACCGGGGCUGCUGGCUUUCAUUCGUCUCCACAGCGACCCGGUAGAGCGUGGCCCCUGCGAGAGCGCAGCCAGAACACGGGUGCUGCUUCAGCCGAGGCGGGAUGGGACAGUCCCUGCAGGGAGCUGUUCACCCAGGACUCGGAGGGGAACAGGGUAAUCGCUCACUGGGAGGUCCCAUCUCCAUGCAGGCAGCUGCCCCCCUCUCCCCCCAAGGGCUGUUCCAGCAGUGCUGCAGGAUGGAGCUGGAGCGGAUGGGGGGAGCAGGAGCCGGAGCUGUGCUAUGAGCUGCUGUUCACGCAGGAUUCGGAGGGGGGCAGAGUGAUUAAACACUGACACGUUGCCUUCGAAUGGGUUGUGAAGCUGCAGGGAAAGCGUUUUGUUUGUCAGCGUUAGGGAAGUGUAUCCCUGUUUCUGUAUGUGUGGCUUAGGCAGCACCUGCAGCAGCCCCAUGCGUCAGGCAGGACCCUUCUGUGCGCUGAGAUGAUGCUUUAAUAAAGGUAAAACUUUGAAGCAC